UAUAUAUAUGUGUAUAUAUAUUAUAUAAAAAAAUAAUAUUAUAAAAAUUAAAAUGGUUGUACCUACAAUGGAUAGUUUACCGCGAGUACCCGACACACAUGGGGAUGUUGUCGAUGAAAAAUUAUUUUCAGAUCUUUACAUACGAACAAGUUGGGUGGACGCACAUGUUGCAUUGGAUCAAAUUGAUAAGGGUAAAGCACGCGGUAAUAGAACGGCAAUUUAUCUGCGAUCAGUGUUUCAAUCCCAUCUUGAAUCGCUUGGUAGUUCAGUACAAAAACAUGCUGGCAAAGUAUUAUUUGUAGCUAUACUAGUGCUAAGUACAUUCUGCGUCGGUUUAAAAAGUGCACAGAUACAUUCUAAAGUGCAUCAGCUGUGGAUACAGGAGGGAGGACGGUUAGAAUCUGAGUUAGCGUACACACAAAAAACGAUAGGCGAGGAUGAAUCAACGACGCAUCAGUUAAUAAUACAAACGGCACACGAUCCGAAUGCGUCAGUUUUGCACCCGCAGGCACUGUUAGCACAUCUGGAGGUAUUAAAGAAAGCGACUGCUGUAAAAAUUCAUAUGUUCGAUGCGGAAUGGGGUUUGCGAGAUAUGUGUAAUUCGCCGACAACGCCCAGCUUUGAAGGACCAUAUUUCAUUGAGCAGAUAUUUAAGCAUCUGAUACCUUGUUCUAUAAUUACGCCACUAGAUUGUUUUUGGGAAGGUAGUUUGUUACUUGGACCAGAAUUUCCAGUAGAAAUACCUUUCAGUUUUAGUGCCAUGGACAAGCGCAUGGAUAAACGCAUAAUGUGGAGCACACUGAAUCCAUCAAGUUUAAUGCAAACAAUGAAGAAAGAAAUGAGUGAUAACAUUUCAUUUGAUUUUGAAACAGUGGAACAGUAUAUGAAACGUGCAGCUAUAACUUCUGGAUACAUAGAGAAGCCUUGUUUAAAUCCUUUAAAUCCACAAUGUCCAGAUACUGCACCUAAUAAAAACAGCACUCAACCACCAGAUGUGGGUUCUAUUCUUACCGGCGGCUGUUACGGUUAUGCCGCAAAAUAUAUGCAUUGGCCAGAAGAGCUUAUAGUCGGUGGUGUUGAACGUAACCGUUCUGGUCAUCUUAAAAAAGCAAAAGGUCUACAAACAGUGGUACAACUUUUAACGGAAAAGGAAAUGUAUGAUUUAUGGAAAGAAAAUUAUAAAGUACACCACAUUGGUUGGACAAAGGAAAAGGCUGCUGAGGUUUUAAAUGCUUGGCAACGUAAUUUUUCAAAAGAGGUGGAAACUUUAUUAACAAAUUCCCGUGUUUCCAAAAGUUAUGAUAUAUAUGUAUUCUCAUCAGCCACAUUAGAUGAUAUACUUGCAAAAUUUUCCAAUCCCAGUCCAUUGAGCAUACUUAUUGGUGUAAUUGCUACAGUUUUUUAUGCUUUCUGUACACUAAUACGUUGGAGAGAUCCAGUAAAGGGCCAAAGUAGUGUUGGUGUUGCUGGCGUUCUUUUAAUAGGAUUCUCUACAGCUGCUGGAUUAGGACUAUGUGCAUUGCUUGGUAUAGUUUUCAAUGCUGCCAGUACGCAAGUUGUACCAUUUCUAGCACUUGGAUUGGGUGUUGAUCAUAUAUUCAUGUUGACUGCUGUUUAUGCUGAAAGCAAUCGAAAAGAACAAACCAAAUAUAUAUUAAAGAAGGCAGGACCUAGUGUUCUAUUUAGUGCCAGUGUCACAGCCGGCUCCUUUUUUGCAGCCGUUUUUAUACCAGUACCCGCAUUAAAAGUGUUUUGUCUGCAAGCUGCUAUUGUUAUGUGUUUUAACUUGGCCGCGGUACUUUUAGUUUUUCCUGCAUUGAUAUCAUUGGACUUACGACGACGUACUUCGGGUAGAGCUGAUAUAUUUUGUUGUUGUUUUCCAAUUUGGAAAGAAAAGCCCGUUGCUUCAACUUUUAACAAUAAUACUAGAUACAGCAAUCCACAUAGCAGUAACACACUCAACAAUCAUAACGAUCGUUCUACCAAAAGUGCUACCAACAGUCAGAGCAUACAAAAUCAACAACAAACACACCAGGAGGAAGCAUUACUUUCAUGUAAUGAAAAACGUAUUCCAAGUUUUUCGUUAUCAAAGUUCGCAUUUAAAUAUUAUACACCAUUUUUAAUGAAAAGUUGGAUUAAAUUUUUGGCGAUCACAACUUUUGUGGGCACAGUAAUUUUUAGUAUAUUCGUUACCACACGUCUUCAGGAUGGUUUGGACCUAAUUGAUUUAGUACCCAAAAAUACGAACGAAUACAAAUUUCUUAAUGCACAAAGUACCAUGUUCGGUUUCUAUAGCAUGUAUGCUGUGACUCAAGGUAAUUUUGAGUAUCCUACAAAUCAACGCUUGUUGCAAGAAUAUCACGAUGCUUUCGUACGAGUGCCACACGUAAUCAAAAAUGAUAACGGAGGCUUACCUGAUUUCUGGUUGUCUAUGUUUCGUGAUUGGCUUAACAAUUUACAGCGCACAUUUGAUCGAGAGUUCAAAGAUGGGCGACUUACGCAAGAGGGCUGGCACAGUAAUGCCAGUAGUGAUGCUAUACUAGCCUAUAAAUUGCUAGUGCAAACGGGAUAUGUAGACAAUCCAGUUGACAAAACCUUAGUAACACAAAACCGCUUAGUUGACAACGACAAUAUAAUAAAUCCCAAAGCUUUCUACAAUUAUUUGUCUGCUUGGGCAACAAAUGACGUAUUCGCUUAUGGAGCCUCACAGGGAAAGCUUCAUCCAGAACCUCGUCAGUAUUAUCAUGUGCCUACUGAAUAUAAUUUAAAAAUACCUAAGAGCUUACCAUUAGUUUAUACACAACUACCAUUUUAUUUGCAUGGUUUGACUGAUACAUCUGAAAUAAAAGCACUUAUCGGGCAUAUUAGAGAUUUAAGUGUGAAAUUUGAAACACGUGGUUUACCCAAUUAUCCCUCAGGAAUUCCAUUUAUAUUUUGGGAACAAUAUAUGACAUUGCGUGCUUCACUCGGUCUGAUACUAUGCUGUUCAGUUAUUGCUGCAUUUUUUCUGGUCACUGUACUGUUGCUCUCAGCUUGGGCAGCUUUAUUGGUGGUAGUUAAUGUCGUUGCUUCUUUAGUGCAAAUAUUUGGCGCUAUGACACUUUUAGGUAUCAAACUAUCAGCCAUACCUGCAGUGAUAUUAAUAUUGAGUGUUGGAAUGAUUAUUUGCUUUACGGUGCAUAUAUCACUGGGUUUUAUGACCUCUGUUGGUAAUCGCGAACGACGAAUUCAUCUUUCGAUGCAAGUCUCGUUUAGUCCGCUAGUACACGCCAUACUAACAUCCGCUUUAGCAGUAUUUAUGUUAUCUACUUCACCCUUCGAAUUUGUCAUACGCCACUUUUUCUGGUUGCUGCUUAUAGUGCUGUGUGUUGGUGCAUUAAAUAGCCUUAUUGUUUUUCCCAUAAUAUUAAGCAUGAUUGGGCCUGAGGCUGAAUUAGUGCCACUCGAACAUCCGGAUCGAAUUUCAACACCAUCCCCUGUUAUGUCGCGCAACAAACGUGCCAAUAAGACUGUUAUCGUGCACGGUUCACGUUCUUCACGUUCUUGUAACAAACCACAUUAUCAUCAUAAAGAUGUUAAUAUUAAUGAUCCAUCUUUAACUACAAUUACCGAAGAGCCGCCAUCAUGGAAAUCAUCGUCAUCAUCAAUACAAAUGAAUAACGACUGGGGCAAUGGUGUGACAUCGACAAACCAAAAUAGCGCACAUUAUGGCAACAAUGGACAUUAUAUAAAUAACAGAAAUUUUAAUAACUACAAUUACCAUCAUCAACAAUAUCAACAUCCACCACAACAACAACAUUCUUAUAAUAUUCCGCCACCUCCAACAACAACACCACUACGCACACCACCAUCUACGCAUUAUCACCACCAUCAACAAGAACAUGCACCACAAAUGCAAAACUCAAGCAAAACAUGCAACUUGGGCAAUCCCAAUAACUUUCCACCAGAGCUGCAAAGCAUCGUUGUACAACCGGAAGUCACUGUUGAAACAACGCACUCUGAUACAAAUACAACAAAAGUAACAGCCACAGCAAAUAUUAAAGUUGAGCUAGUAACGCCCGGUCGUGCUGUGCGAAGCUACAGUUUCACAAGUUAGCAGUAAGAAUACAUUAAAAACUUAAGCGAAUGAAUGCAACUUAAGAUUAGUUAACUUAUUUAUUUAGUUAAUUUUGUAUUAAAAAACGAACGAAAUUAUGUGUUUUUAAGCCGAAUUUUAUUAUAAUUAUAAUAUCUGAAUGGCAUGUUAUAUAUAUAUAUCUAUUCAAUUGUAUUUAAGCAUAAGAGCAAGAAAUAUGC